GCUCUUCACCCUACACGCACAGCAGCUCCUCCUCCUCCUCCUCUUCCUCUGCCUCUGCCUCCACCUCCUCCUCCAUAGACAGGCAAUGAAACUCUGAACACUCCUCGGUCGCAUCACAAGUACUCGCGGCCAGCCUCUGGCUGGAUCGAGUGAGAAGCAGAGCGAGCUCACCUCUCCUUUCGACUGCAAAAGGAAGGAAGGCAGGAGAGCCGAGGCAUUCAUUCACCUGAACUACUUGUCCUUAACUUUCGUUGUUCGUACCACCAAUCGUUACGCCGCUGAGAAGACGAGAAGAGGAAGAAGAAGAAGAAGAAGAAGCAGCAGCAGCAGCAUACGGUUUCUGACUGACCUCCAACUGCUGGGAAGGUUGGGAAUCGAAGUUUUCGGAGGUCUGAAUAAGACGGCGCGAAGGACGACGACAGGAAGGGAGGCAGGGAGGGAGGGUGGGGCGGAGGACAUGUGACAGCGAACGACGAAAGAAGCUGGUCGUCCGGUCACAUCCUGGGUGGUGGUGGCACGAAUUGUGGUGGCGGAGUGUGAUAGAGAAUGUUCCACUGAGUGGAAGUGUGAUACCCACUUGAUUCGUAUAAUUGAACCCGCGCAGUUGGGUGGUCGAAGGCGCAGCUUUCCCCCUCAAGAGUCCCGAAGUGCGCGAUGGGGAAGCAAGCUGCGGAGGUUCCACCGUUUCCGCUGGUCUCGCAAUGUAGCUCUGAUAGGAGGGAAAAACAGACUGUGGUGUCGGACCUCGAUGGGACCUUGGUUCGUGGAAGAAGUUCCUUUCCUUACUUCAUGCUCGUGGCGUUCGAAGCCGGAGGCGUGCUCCGCUCCGUUCUGCUGCUCCUGGCUGCCCCGCUCGCGUAUAUUCUGUACCACUUCGUCUCCGAGGCGGCGGGCAUCAAACUCCUGAUAUUCGUCACAUUCUCCGGGGUCAAGGCGAAGAAGAUCGAGAGCGUAUCCAGGGCGGUGCUGCCCAAGUUUUACUCGGAGGACUUGCAUCCAGAGUCGUGGCGGGUGUUCUCAUCCUUCGGAAGAAGAUAUGUCCUCACCGCCAAUCCCCGCAUUAUGGUGGAGGUUUUCGCCAAGGAAUGUCUGGGAGCCGACGAAGUCAUUGGGUCGGAAAUUGAGGUUACCAAGGGAGGCUACGCCACUGGAUUCGUAAAGGCGCCUGGCGUGCUGGUGGGCGUCAACAAGGAGAACGCUCUGAAGGCAAAGUUCGUGGAUGAUCAGCCCGACGUCGGAAUGGGCGACCGCAAAACCGACUACCCUUUCAUGUCUCUCUGCAAAGAAGCGUACAUCGUGCCCGACACGAAGGUGGAGGCCGUUCCGCGCGAGAAUCUUCCGAAGCCGUUGGUGUUCCACGACGGGCGUCUGGUGUGCCGCCCGGAGCCCCUGAACGCGCUCAUCACCCUCGUCUGGCUGCCGGUUGGGUUUCUUCUGGCGUUCCUGCGCAUCGCUGCCGGUUCCCUGCUGCCGAUGUCCAUCGUCUACUACGCCUUUACGUUGCUGGGCGUGCGAGUGAUUGUGAGGGGAGCGCCCCCCGCGCCCGUCAAGGAGAAGGAGGGCAAGCUCGGGGUGCUGUUCGUCUGCUCGCACAGAACGCUGCUGGAUCCCAUCUUCCUCUCCGUGGCUCUCGGACGCCCCGUCAGCGCGGUCACGUACUCCAUCUCGCGAGUGUCCGAGUUCCUGUCGCCGAUCAAGACCGUGGCGCUCACCCGCAACCGGGAGUCCGACGCCGCCAACAUUCGGAAGCUGUUGGAGGAGGGGGAUUUGGCCAUCUGCCCGGAGGGCACGACGUGCCGCGAGCCUUUCCUGCUCAGAUUCAGCGCUCUGUUCGCGGAGCUGACCGAUCAGAUUGUGCCGGUCGCCAUGUACAACAGAAUGAGCAUGUUCCACGGAACGACGGCCACGGGCUGGAAGGGCAUGGAUCCCUUCUUCUUCUUCAUGAAUCCCAGCCCCGUGUACGAGGUGAAUUUUCUCAAUCAGCUGCCGUUGGAACUGACAUGCACUGGCGGAAAGACGAGUCACGAGGUGGCGAACUACAUCCAGCGUGUGGUGGCUGGCACCCUCAGCUUCGAGUGUACCAACUUCACUCGGAAGGACAAGUACAGCGUCUUGGCUGGCAAUGACGGAACUGUCGCUCCGAAGAAGAGCGCAAGCGCCGAGCAGCUGCAGAAGAAAGCCAGUGGCUGCUAAUCUGGGCAGUUUGCGAGCCCCCAAGCCGCACAUUCAUACAAGCAAAGGUACCCACGGGGAUUUGGGGAUUUCCUGAACCUGUUCCCAGCCGCUGCUGCUUUGGGAACAUCGUUCGCGUUCAAUUAAGUGUUGAUGGACGUUACCAAGAUAUCGACAUACCCUGCAAGACGCAUAGAUAGGAAGAACAGGUAGUAGCCACAGGUUUCAACUUACGGAAGUGGGCGCGAAUUCCAUGUCUUGAAAAAAUAAUUUCCAUAGACUCAUACUCAGAUCCCAGCACCCUUGAUGGUCAGCGGUAAAAAGAUCUCUGACCACAUUGUACUAUUCUUUAAGUUCACAAAUAAAGCGACAGUGUCCCUCC